AUGGAUGCUACCGGAAAAGUCCCCAUCAAGUUCGCUAAGGUGACCCGCGUUCUCGGCCGCACCGGUUCGCGAGGUGGUGUCACUCAGGUCCGCGUCGAGUUCAUGGACGACACAUCCCGAUCCAUCAUCCGAAACGUCAAGGGCCCAGUCAAGGUCGAUGAUAUCCUCUGCCUACUCGAGUCUGAGAGAGAAGCCCGCAGACUGAGAUAA